GAUAAAAAUUUGAUUUUCUGCGCGCGCAAUGGAAAAUACUCAUUCAGCACCAGCAGUAGUUCCAGUAAAUACAGUAUCUUGUAUUCCCCUUGGUUCAAAGAUGUCGAAAGCCAAAAAAGUUAUAGAAGAAGCUCGGGAAAUAAAUAAUCCCGAGCUGGAUUUAUUUGAUAAAGGUAUUUCAACAUUCGAAGAGAUGCCUGGUUUAUUGAACAUGUUGAAUAUUACAAGAAUAACUUUGAGCCACAAUAAAAUCAAAGAUGUUCCUCCUGGCCUGGCAAACCUGACAAACCUGGAAAUUUUGAAUUUGGCCAACAAUCAUAUUGAAGAAUUGCCCCUAUCAUUGUCUUCCUUGCCAAAAUUGAGGAUACUGAACUUAUCAAUGAACCGCUUAAAUGGUUUACCAAGAGGCUUUGGUGCCUUUCCUGUACUGGAAGUACUAGACCUGACUUACAAUAAUUUGAAUGAAAAUUCUUUACCUGGGAACUUUUUCAUGAUUGAAACCCUUAGAGCCUUGUAUCUAAGUGAUAAUGAUUUUGAAUACCUUCCUCCUGAUAUUAAAAAUUUGAAAAACCUCCAAAUAUUGGCAUUAAGAGAAAAUGAUUUAAUUGAAUUGCCCAAAGAGAUAGGAGAGUUGUCUCGACUCAGGGAACUCCAUGUCCAAGGAAACAGGUUGACGAUUUUACCCCCUGAAAUCGGGAACCUAGACAUGGCUUCCAAUAAAUCUGUUUUUAAGUUUGAGGGGAAUGAUUGGGUGACCCCAAUCAGAGACCAAUUGCAGUUAGGAAUUGGUCACCUCAUGGAUUAUCUUAAAAGUGAAACAUAUAGAGUGUUAUAUAAUCGGUUCUCCACAAAUAAACCAAAAAUACCAAAUUCAUGUAUAGACAAAUCUAAAAAAGUGUCAAGAAUUCGUUGAUUUUAUUUCAUGAUCUGAUUAUGACAUACCUAACAAUUAUUACUAAUUAGUCCUUGGUAUUAUUAACAGAAGGUACUGUAUAUUAUAAAAGAUGCUUUAACAUUGUUUUUUAAAAUAUAUUUAUUAAUAUUUUUUAUUUAAUUUUAUAUCCAUCAACUUGUGAUGACUGCCAUAUUUUUAUAACAUUUAUAAUAUUGUUAGGGAUAAUAUUUUAAAUAUUUUGAAUAGUUCACAAAUUUUGUAACACUAAUAAAAUACUGUUGUUGAAUAAUAUUCAAAAUUUUUACUUGAAAACAGCAUAUCACAACCAUCAUCCAGUUCAGUGGCGGCUCGUGACUUUCAUGACAGAGGAGGCUGAAUGAUAUGAGAUUUAUUGUGAAAAACAACUCUCUACGACUCACCCAAAUCAAUAGCUUUAAUGACAUUCUGUUUACCAGUUAACCUAAACUUAAUACUUGAAGAGAUGUGUUCCUGUGAUUUGCAGUGUCUAUCCAAUCCGGGAGGCAAAAUUUUCAAAUCAUUAUAUCCUAAUCGCCCCCAACAUGAUGACUUAUCGGUUGAAAAUAAUAUGCAGUACAAACAAAAUAGCUUAUUUUUUACCUCAGAUCCCGUCAACCAGAUAUAUUUUUUAUAAUUAUCAGAAUUGAACAAACGAUUUUGUUUGCUACCUGUUACAAUCAGAUUUUUUAAUUCCGAGUCGGACGUUUGUUUUUCACCAUCAAUUUAUCUUCAUAAGACUGAAUGGGUUCACCAAAAAGUAUUCCACCAAAUCGCAAUUGUUUAAAACACUAAUUUUUUAGAAAUUUAUAGAACCCCUAACCAUUAACCUAUCAUAAACAAUGCAAUGCACUCGCGCUGGAUUGUCCGCAAUUCGCGACGCGACACGACAAACACGUGCUAUUCGGGCAUUUGCAUUGCGCGCGUGAGUUUCGCCUUGUGAAGGAGUCUAGCCUCCUAUAGAUGUUGCCAGUUGAAUAUUUUACGCGUGAUUUGCAGACUUCAACGUGUGAUGCGUGGGCAAGCACUGUUGCCAAUUCAAAAAUAUUCACCUAAAGACUGGAAAUAAAUUCAAAAUCCAUGUAUUUUCGUGUCCUUUUAAUGAGAAAGUAUAGAUAUUAUCAGUUUAAGGAGAAUCUCUGAGGAGGCUCAGCCACCGUUGCCUCCUCUGAGGAGCCGCCACUGAUCCAGUUAUUAAAUAGAUAAAGAUCGUCAAUACCUAUUUUGCAAGAAUUUUUUCAGUUUAUCAGAUCUACUGAAAAGAUUAAAAUCCUGUUUGAACCCAACAAAAUCAGUUUUCCUCAAGGAACGUGAAUAAUAUAGAAAAAUAAUUUAUUAAAAUUCUAUAUGGGUGAGUAUAAAAUCAGUCUCAAUAUUCUUCAUCUGUCAAUUCAUCAUCAUGUUCAUCAUCUGUUAUUUCUCCUUGAACAGAUGUUUCAUAUUCAAGUAUUUCUUCAUCACUUAAGUGGGAGUUACCUUCAACAAAAGAUGCAAACCUGAAACAUACAUGAUA